ACUUUAUUGCAACUUGCGAGGGGCCACUCCAAGUGGCCCUUCUCAAAAUCUUAUCUUCAAAAACAAUUUCAAACCCAAUAAAUAAACAAACAUUUAAUUUACCAUUGUCUACUAAAAUCUAUUAUCCAAAUUUCGAGAAAUUUAGAUCCACCAAAAUGGGCGUAGACGCAGAGAAUCCCAAAUUACUGGACUGGACUUGUAAUUCUGAUGACGAAGAAGAAACCGAAUCCCUCUUCUUCUUCCGCCAAAUUUGCCCGCCCGACUUCUCCAGAAAGCUGCUGGCGGAGGUGAUAGCCACGUAUUUGAUGGUGUUUGUCACGUGCGGGGCGGCGGCAUUGAGCGCCAUCGACGAACGACAGGUCUCCAAGCUCGGAGCGUCCCUCACCGGCGGGAUGAUCGUCACCGUCAUGAUCUACGCCGUCGGCCACAUCUCCGGCGCCCACAUGAACCCCGCCGUCACCUUCGCCUUCGCCGCCGUUCGACGUUUUCCAUGGAAACAGGUUCCUCUAUAUGCAGCUGCUCAACUAAGUGGGGCAACAUCAGCUGCCUUUUCACUACGCAUAUUAUUGCAUCCAAUAAAAGAAAUAGGCAUUACUUCACCUUCAGGACCAGAGUUUCAAGCUCUGCUAAUGGAGAUUGUAGUCUCAUUCACUAUGAUGUUUGUCACCUCUGCGGUCGCCACCGACACGAAAGCUAUUGGAGAGUUGGCCGGUAUAGCAGUUGGCUCAGCUGUAUGUAUCACAUCCAUCUUUGCAGGGCCUAUAUCGGGUGGGUCGAUGAACCCUGCGAGGUCAAUAGGGCCUGCAAUUGCAAGUUCACAUUACGAAGGGAUUUGGGUGUACUUGGUCGGACCAGUUGUAGGGACGCUAUUAGGGGCAUGGUCAUAUAAUUUCAUACGAGCGAGGGAAAAGCACGAGCAUCUACUUUCUCCGCAUUGACAUUCACCUUGGACUACGACAAAGUUUGGAUGAUGAGGGAUGUCCAUGAGUGAGACCCUUCCAAAAAUCAAUUCACAUAUGUUAGUUUCUUGUAUGAAAGGUAUAUGUUGAAAUUUAAGUUGUAUGUUGAGUUUUUUUUUUUUUUUUUGUAUUUUUGUAUUUUUUUGUUUUGUUUAAUUAAGGUUAGAUUUAAUUUCUUCUUUUAUGUUCUUACUUUAAACAUUCAGCAUUUGUGCUUCUUUCACAUUUUUUAGUUUUAAGAGGAUGAAUCUCAAAAAGGGGUUCGUUUUUGUUGUUCUAAAGUGUGAACAUUGAUGAGUUUUGUAUAAUAUCAAUUUAUAAUUGAUUAA